GGGUCCCCAACGCAGUGCCUGUGGGCACCAUGGCACCCACCGGGGCAUCUAAGUGUGCCCGCGUACUCUCCAGUGGACAAGCAUCCGCCAAAAUGCCACCAACAAGCUGCAGCAUCCCGAGGCAUCGCUGCCGAAAUGCUUCUGAUUUUCAGUGGCAACGCCUAUUGAUGUUACCGCUUGUCGGCAGAAAUUCGGUGGAUGCUUGUCCGCCGCCAUGGUCCUCCAUGGCUCGACGAAAAAGGUCAGGGACCACUGGUUUACUCAGUCCUGCCUCAGUGCAGUGGGCUUGACUUGACCUCUCAAGCCCCACAUUUCUAUAAGUCUGUGAUUUACACUCUGGAUUGGUCUGGGCCUGGCAGAGAAAAUAGGGAUGCUGUGUGCAUUACAGAAAGAAGAAGAAGAGCACUCAAAGACCAAAACCCUGCUUGCCAAGGAAGCUGAGAAGCUGCAGUUUGCGCUCGGGGAGAUUGAGGUUUUGUCCAAGCAGCUUGAAAGAGAGAAACAAGUCUUUGAAAAAGCACUUUCCAACGUUAAGAGCAAAGCGCUAAGAGAAUCCACCAAAAAGGACAAGCUAAUAAGCAAAUGCAAUGAAAUUGAGAGCCAUAUUGUGAAACAGGAGGAUCUUCUGAAUGACAAAGAGAAUGAAAUUAAGGAGCUACAGCAGUUCAUCACCAAGCAGAAGCAAACACUCAAGACUCAAGUGUCAGACUUAAAAAUACAGAAACAACAGGAAAGUUACAUAGCGCAAGUGCUGAAAAAGAAACAGAAGAAGGGUUUAAAGUGACUGUAUUAAACAUUACACUGCAAUCCAUGUAUCCCCUCGAUACGCAACCACUGUAAAGAUUCUAGUGCUCACCGUUACUGCUGUGGCCAACAAGGCCAAUAGCAAUACCCUAUCACUGUCUCAGAAAGGUUGUAGAUGGGUCAUAACAUUAACCCAUCAGUGGGCCCUGGCCUACACAAACAUACUUUUCCUGGCCUGGUGCAGUGGGGAGGCCCCUAGGGCAGGGGAGAGGUCAGGAAGGGGGUUGGAAAGCGAGCCCACCAUGCACUCAUCCUUCAUUAGCAGCUCCUGUCCUGUGGGGCUAGGCCCAACUCCCCAUUCCAGGCAGUGCAACCUGGCACAUGGGGUUUGUGUUGCCACCACCCACUCAAAUUUUGCCCAGCUACGCCUCUGUCAUGACAGGUGAGUGCCCAGGCCAAACCUGAGUGCAGAUACAGACUUGGGCCACUGCAGUUUGAUAUAAUGCGGUGGCCUUUCACCGCUGGAGCCUGGUGCAAGUGAAAUUAAUUAAAUGGGCUUCCCCUUGUCCUCUAAGCACUUGUGUGCUUCACAAAGCCACCACCUCAGCUGGGGCUCUGCUCAGAGCAGACCCCGGGUUGCAAUAGCGGCUGUUCCUUGGUCACUGCUGAUGUGGGCUGAGAGCUUACAGGGAAAUGCUCCCAUUGCCUAGCCAUGUUCUGUCCCUUCCUCACCAGUGCUGUUUGUGUCUCACAGCUUCCCCUGUCUGGCCCCCCGUGCCCACCAAGAUAGUGGCAGGGACAAUCUCAUGAAGCUUGGUAAAUACUGUUAGACCCCAGAAGGGUGACGGGAUACAUGUACAGACCGAGUGACUUCAAAUAAAAGAUUUUAAACUAAA